AUGUCAUUGAGCAAUCUGAAUCAUAAUAGCAUAGCUUCAGCGUCCGCAAAGUCAUCAACAAUUGACUUGGGAGUUCAUGAUGCCUCAUAUUCAAAGGGGCCAUUAACGGUUCCCUUCAUUCGAGAACAAAAGUAUGGGCAAUGCAUAGGGGCUAGGGCUAGUUUAUUGGAGGAAUUGAUAACGGAAUCAACGAUUGGACCCCCUAAUUUGGUACAUUGGGGCAAAUAUUAUGGGAUGAGGUCAAAUCAUUACUUGCAUAACGAAUUUGUUGUCGAGAGAGCUAGUCGUGAGGAUAAGAGGGACGAUGAGGGCUAUGUUGGGUAUUAUCACUAUGUCAAUGGCUUGAAGUAUGAAUCCUUUGAGCGAGACAUCGAGAAUUACAUCCUAGGAGCAUUGGGAAUAGAAAAGGAAAAUGGUGAUUACUACUUUAAGAAAAAUCCAACGAAUGAAUCAUUUGCUAGUUCAAGGAAAGAAAUGAUAGUGACAUUUUGCUCUUAUAAUCUCUUUGAUAAAUCUGAUUUUAGAGUGAGGUAUGUCAUAAAUCUUAGUGGUUCGACAAAGAAGGUUGCAGCCCACAUAGACAUGUCAUACCAAAUCGUGUAUUUCUCUAGUGGAACUUACGAUAGGAAUCGUAAGAAUGCUUCAUACAACGCAGAUUCAGUUUCCAAGAUACCACGAAGCUAUUGGGAAGAAUUGAAGGCUUCGGAAAUCAUCAGGUUAUUUAUUCAGUUAGAUGAUCCUUCGAGGCUGUUAACCGCUCUUGUUAGUCUUCCAGGUAUCACAGAGACGAGGAAUACGAUUUUAAAUGCUAUAAUAACCUUAGUCAAUUUAUUACCAAGAGGUACCAGAGCUGGUACUAGGCCAUCUUUUGGUUCUUCUGUCGCUAGCGGUACAAAAAAUGAUUCCAAGUCAACCGACUAUAGGAAUUAUCUUGUGGACUCUCUUCUUAGGUUGUGCUACCUAGAUCCAAAUGGUGACAUAGGCAAUUUCGCUAUUGAUGCUAUCAAGAACAAGUAUUAUCAGAAGGAAGAUGCGAAACAGUGGGACUACGUCAUAGUGUUAAUAAUGAAAAUUCAAGCUGGAAUCAAUAGAGAGCAAGAUUUCUUAAAUCUAAUCCAUAAGCAUUUGAAAUCUAAUAUUUAUACCACUCAGCUGUCCUUGUUGUUAUCUGAACAAGUUAAGUACCUCAUAUCAAAAUCGAGUUAUGAUAAAGCUCUACUCGUGGCAAAGAAAUGCGUUCAAAUAUUAUCUUUAGACUUUGACAGUUGGUACUAUUUAGCAUUAUGUUACGUUCUAGUUGGCGAUUAUAGAAAAGCACUAUUAGUGAUGAACCACAUCCCUGUUGUCUUAUCACAUAAGCAAAAAAACAAUGAUAUCGAUACAAUAUCGGGCAUAACUGAUUGGUACAGUCGAACAUUUAGUCAUAGAUUAAAUUUACCAGAUGAGACCAUCAAUGAAAAUUUACUAAAUUCUUUUUUUCCUCCACCAAGAGUUAAUUCAAAGAUCUAUCAGAGGUAUAGGACCAGCCCUGCUCCGCCAGUUGAGGUUGAAAUGGGCUCGAUAACAAAAAUGUGGCAUGAUAUGUUAUUGUUCAAUCAAAAUUUGAGGCAUCCAAUCAAUGGUUAUCACUUCUAUCAAUCGCCUUUGAUAAAUUGUUCAGGAAAAGAAUUAUCAUCCGUCGAUCCUAUGCUAAUCAGAAUAUGUGGACCGUCGUCUGCAAAGAAUUUGUUAGCUUCACAUUCCGCAGGGACACCUUCUACUUCAAUUCUUGAUAUUAAUUACAAAUCGACAUGGGGAAGAUGCUAUGAUCUUUUAUCAUUAAUUAUUGCACAAGUAGGCUGGGACGAAUUAGUUCGUAUUAAAGAGUCUUCAUUUAGUGGAAAGGAAUCCAAUUCAAGUUCAAAUCAAGCAUACGUCGUUAACAAUGACUCAAGCUCACUUCAAACAGCUUCAUGUGAUCCAUGGCUAGAUCAAUUGUUCUUAAUAUUAUAUGAGGAUUUGAGGGUAAUUAUGACAAUACGCUCCAGGGAAAAUCAGCAACACAGUGCUCUUGAGUGGGAAAUGUUAGGCUUACUCGGCUGGAACGUAAAAUAUGGGAUUAAAGAAUCCAUUGGCUCAUUAAUUACGAGUGUGAUGGGAAAAUCUAUGGAGGGCCUUUUUGAUUAUUUUGGAACUGUGCAAUUGCUUGAAAUUUAUGAUGAGUUCGUGUUGAGUGACGUAAGUGGCUCUCAUUUGGAUGUCUAUCACGACGUAUAUGAUAAUAAAUUUUAUGCUACAAAGCUUGCAUUACAGCUGACUGGACAAGCAUACACUGAGUUCGUAAGUUCUUUAGAAAAUGAUUUUUUGACACUCGAUUUUAUGCUUUUACAAUUAAUUAAAUUGGUAAGUUGGAACUUAAGGUGGUAUCAAUAUGCUACGAACUAUUUAGUUAUGAAGAUAUUGACCAAAUUGAUUUUCAAACAUGAUUCAAUCUUCAUAAGAAGCCAGUUGAAAAUGAUUGUUGAACAAAAUAAAGCUGCAAAUACAAAGAAGAGUCUGUAUUCAUUCUCUACACUCUUUGGAUAUACAACCCAAAAGAAACAAGUUGAAAAGUUUGAAUUUUUGGAAAAGGACACCAUUCUUGACUACCUUGAAGAGAUGCUAACAUGGAUUGAGAACAUAAAAGAUUCAAACCCUUGA